CCGCCCUCAAGGGACGCGCAUGCGCAGUCUCUUUCCUCUGCUUUUCUCCAAGGCAACAGCGAUUGCUGCGCCUGCGCGGUCUCUUUGCUUCCCCUCCCGCCUCAGAAGGUGAAGCCACGCGCAUGCGCACGGCCGUAAAGCGAGGAAGCGGCCGUUUUCCCCCUCAGAAAGCAGGCGUUUCUCUCUCUCGCUGCCCGACUCCCUCCUCCGGCCAAAACGGGUAAGAUGUGGCCUUUCCCAAGCCGCUCGGUGCGGCUCUUCGUGCAGAACGUCCCCCGCGGGACCAGGGAGGAGCAGCUGCGGCGGCACUUCGAGGCGGUGACCGGGCCCGGCGACGUGCUCGACGUCUCCCUCAGGACCUUCUGCGCCACGGUGCGCAUGCGCGACGAGGCGGCGGGGCAGCGCGCGCGGAGGGAGCUCCACGGGCGGGAAUUCCGCGGCCACCGCCUCUCCCUCCACCGCUUCCGGGGCAUCAAGAUCUACGUGGGCGGCCUGCCCGAGGACUGCGCCGCCGGAGACCUCCUCCCGCUCUUCCAGAACUUCGGCCUCGUCACCGAGUGCGACGUCGUCAAAGACUAUGGGUUCGUUCACAUGGACAAUGAGGAGGACGGCAAAACGGCCAUUGAAAACCUUAAUGGAACGGAAUUCAUGGGGAGCAUCAUUGUUGUACAACGCUCUGUGAAAGAUCGUAAGCAUAAUGAAAACUCUGAGCUGGAAACUAUCGUUGAAGGGGACACAUUUCCAGAUCCAAUUGUGUCGUUUGAUGAGGCUAUGCAGGAGGCAGCAUACCAAAAUGGACCUGAGUCGGAAGACAACAGCUAUCCAGAGGCCUCACAUAGCCGCACCCACUCUUCCCAGUCUCGUUCCUAUGGAAGCAAGUCCUAUGAUUAUGAGGAUGCUCCUGAUCGGUUAUCAUCAGGUUACAAGGAAACCUCUUCUCGUCAUUCACUGUAUGAGCGCGUCCGUCUGUCCCCGCGGCGCUCCAGCUACGACGACGACUACAGAGACAAGCAUGCCGUCAGUAAAAGGUAUACAACGAAAGAAGCGGAUGAUGAUUACUACCCACCGUACGAGUAUGGCCGCCACGACGAUUUCGACAGAAGAGGAAACGGAUCUAGUAAGAGAUAUACAGAAAGAUGGGAAAGUUCUUCUCGCUAUUCAGAAAGAUCGGAAAGUUCUUCUCGCUAUGCAAGAAGGUCGGAAAGUGUUUCCCGCUACAGAGAAAGAUCAGGAAGUUCUUCUCGCUAUACGGAAAGAUCGGAAAGUGUUUCUCGCCAUCGACCGUAUGAACGCAGUUAUCUUUCCCCGCCACACAGGAGUCGUGAAAAUCAUAGGAGCUACCGCUAACUGUCUGAGGUGACUUCAGGCGAUCCAAGGUUCCCAUUCUUCGUCAGAAUUCCCUCCCAUCCUUCUGCCAUUGGAAGUGGAGAAAUCACGUUCUCUCGAAAUAUAUGCGUAAUACCAGCUGCAGCGCUCUUUGACGAUUUCAUGAUGUUAUUUUGAACUGCCGCAUUUCUUUACCCCCUUUUAUUUGAUGCGAGUGUCAUGACAUCUAGGCAUUCCACCUCCUUUCCCAAGUAACUGCUGAAUGUAAGCGAGUUAUAUGUUGCCAUUGAAGAGAAGCAGAGCCUUCCGUCUUAAUUCUAGUUCAGCCUCAUAUAAGUUGUCUGUGCAUUGCUGCCUAUUCGGUCCUUUAAAACCAAAGUCGGAGGCUGAGGGGGUUGUUGGUUUACCAACAAUCGCUUUGGAUGCCUUGGCUUAUUUUUCUACGAGGAAAAGAAAUCUCUUAGUUCGUUGAAGUCCCCGUUUUACUAUCCUUGUUUUGAAAGAGUUGCUUUUCAAAGCACUCCUCAGUAGGUUCGUAGAGUAUACAAGUAUGCUUCUAAGUUAGGAAAUACACUUAGAUAUACUUAAUGUUUUGUCAAUAAAAGUGAGUUUCUUGGUGUUUUACACGAUACAA